AUGGAAGCUUUAAAUGCUACUUAUGAUAACUAUAUUCUACCGGUCAACAGCCAAGAAUAUUGGAAAAUUACAGAGCAUCCUAAGCCAGAACUAACAAAGUUGAAAAGACCUAUCGGUAAACCAAAGAAGCAUAGAAGGAAAGAUGAAAUUUUAGAAGAUAUGCCAGGGAGAGGAACACGUAAGGUUAAAAGAAGAUAUGAAGUGAUUUUCUCAAAGUGUGGUGAAUCUGGUCAUUAUAAAAAGACAUGCAAGGGACCUCCAAAACCAGGAUAUGUGAAAAAGAACAAAAAGCUGGAAUCACCACAACCACCAGUUGUAAGGCCUACUCCUGUUAGGCCAUCGCCACCUCCUGUUACGCCAUCACCUCCUCUAGUUAGGCUACCAACACCGUCUUUCAUUACACGUCCUUCAACAGUUGAAACUCCAUCGAUCCGACCACCAACACCUCAAUUUCUCUUUCCAUGA